AUGUCAGUCCAUCCACCAGUUACCGAACAGAGCACCAUUGUCAGAAUGCCACGACUUUCAAACGCCGGUACUCGUCAUGGUAGUUUCCAGCCGUAUCCCAGAGGUUCUAAACUCUCACGUCAGUUACAACAGCCUCACGUCACACUGGUUGAAUAUAAAACAGCUCGUUUUUUGAUUACAGAUGAACCUAAUGCACACAAUAUGGAAAAUUUUGUCAUGGUUUUUAAACUACACAACGUACGCAAAUUAGUUCGAGUAUGCAAAGCUACCUAUGAUAAAGAACCGCUUGAAUCUGUUGGAAUUGAAGUUGUGGAUCUAGAAUACGAUGAUGGUGCACCGCCUCCAGAUGUAGUAAUUGAAAAAUGGUUUCAACUGAUUACAGACGUAUGUCAACAAGGUCCUGGAAGUUGUAUAGCUGUACACUGCAAAGCUGGACUUGGCAGAGCUCCUGCUCUUGUUGCAGCCGCUUUAAUUGAACUUGGUUUACCGUAUGAUGAAGCUGUGGAAAUGAUUCGUGGACAAAGAAAUGGAGCAUUAAAUGCUCGUCAAGUUCAAUAUUUAAAAAAUUUCCAUCCAAAAAAACGUCUUCGUAAUAUCAAAUCACAAUCGGAUCGAUGUCAAUUAUUAUAA